AUGAGUUGCAAUCUUUGGCAAUAUUUCAUUCAAGACGAUGUGGAGAGCUUCCAGCGACUCCUGUCGAACGCGACGUUCGCGGGACCGCGAACCGGAGGAAGCCUAGGAACCGCAGCCGUAGUGGCGGCGAACUUAUCAUCCAAGACUGGAAGCCCUGGGUCCAUGAUUGCUGCGUCGCCGAAUCCUCCAAAACAAAGAAAAACCUCAGUCGCAUCUCCAAGCACCUCUGCCCCCGAUCGACCGGCCCUCCCUCGCGCUGGAACCGCUUUGUCGCGAGCCGAUGUGAACGCCCGCGACCAUUACGGUCGAACGCUUCUUCAUCAUGUCGCCUCCUCACCAAAGCCCUCGGCAGCUAGCUUCGCACACGCCUUACUCCAGAUCCCUUUCCUGGAUAUAUAUGCACAAGACUGGGAGAGUGGGUGGACGGCUCUGCAUAGGGCCCUAUACGCCGGGAAUGCCACCAUUGCACGGGCACUGAUGGCCCGCGACAUGCGAGAUGUGACUGAUUUUAGCAAAAUUGGAAAUACAAGCCAUCCGAGUGGUAGUCUUAUCAAGAUGAAAGACCGCGAGGGCUACAGCCCUUUUGAUGUCUAUGGAGCGACGAUCACAUCCCGGGAUAUCAAGCAGGUGGCUUCUUCUGUCAAAUGGCCAGGCUCCACAUCCCCCGACGUCAUCGAUAGUGACAUCGUCUCCAAUGCACCAUCAAACGAAGGAGAGGAGGGUGACGAUGAUCUUUAUGUUGCCCGAGUGGCCCUGAAGACGCACACCAACUUCUCCGCUGAUGAAGUUUUCACCCUCGGCAGCAAUAAAAAUUUAAACCUCGGACUUGGUGAUCAGGAUGACCGGCAAUUUCCAGAGCGCAUUACUCUGAAACGGCCAGAUCAUCUUCUCCAUCGAUUCUAUCGUGAGUAUGGAGAGGAUAUCGAGAAGUUGGGGCUGGAGGACACCAUCGACUCAACAUUCUCGGACUUGCCAACUCUAAUCACCAAUAAGCCCAUCAAAUAUCAGAAUAUCGUCAUGUCGAAGCUGCAUACUGCCAUUAUUACAGAUGAUCCCGAAGCCAACCUUUUCAUCUGUGGCUUCGGACCUGGUGGACGCUUGGGGACUGGCGAUGAGUCUACACGUUUCAGCUUUGUUUGCAUUGAGACGGGCGGGUUGGCAGGCAAAAAGGUCAUGUCGGUUGCCCUAGGCCAAGACCACAGCCUUGCCAUCACUGAGUUUGGCGAGAUCUUCAGCUGGGGAAGCAACAAGUUUGGACAACUUGGAUACAGCUUACCGCGAACAAAUAACCGCAAUGAUGUCCCCAUUCAGACAACCCCCCGUCAGAUUUUCAAUCCAUUCAAGAAAGAAAUAAUUAUUGGUGCCGCAGCGUCCUCAAUUCAUUCGGUUGUCUUCAGCACCUCGGGUCUAUACACCUUUGGCAAGAACGAAGGACAGCUGGGCCUGGUCGAUUCUGAUGCCCGCUCGUUAGAGGUGCAAGUUACGCCCCGACGAGUCGGUGCGUCUCUUUUCAAGUCUCCGAUUCAAACAGUCUCUGCCAUCGAUCGUGCCACCUCUGUGCUCUUGCAGAACCAUGAAGUGUGGGUAUUCUCGCAAUAUGGCUACUCAAAGAUUUCGUUCCCGCUGGAAGCGAGCUCGAAAUUCAUUCGUGACAGCUUCAUGGCUACUCGAUACGAUACAUCUGCGAACCGAAUCAUCAAAUUAGCUUCCGGAGGCAACACCAUCUGUGCUCUGUCUAGCUCUGGCGAAGUUUUCACCGUGCAAGUCAACAAAUCCGAUGACCCUUCUGCACAGACAUCGACAACAAAUCCGGCGAAGAUUCGUAAUUCUCUCGCCACUCCUGUGCGGGCUUGGUCUGUCAAGAAAUCCCACAUGGCGGCCAAUGAUGUUGACGUCGGGCAAGAUGGAUCCAUCAUCAUUUGCACAACCUCGGGAUCGGCUUGGAGAAAGGAAAAGCGUACCAAGAACAAAGAGGGUGCUGCAAAGGAGUAUAAGUUUGCUCGCAUUCCAGGUCUUUCCAGGGCUGUGGCUGUGCGUAGUAAUGCCUUUGGGGCAUAUGCUGUUGCCCAGCGCGACUGUGAUGUGACCAAAGAGCAAAUCCAUAUCGAUCAAAGUACUCUUUGGGAUGAUCUUCUACCGCUCUCGCCAUUUUUGACACCUGGAAUUGAGGAUGUGGACACGAUUCUUAGCGACGAAACGCAAGACAUUGUUCCACUCUCCCCUGUCAUUGCCAUGAAGAAAGCGUUGUUACUCUCAUCCGAAAUCGAAACCCAUUUCCUAGCUGCGCGCUCUGACGGCACUAUUUGGAUCACUAGCUCGCUUUCUGAUCAACGAAUGCCGGUUCAUGAAUUCCUUCUAGCGGGUCGCAGUCCAAUUUUACGAAACGCGCUGCAAGAAUUUCAUGGAUCAUAUUAUGCAUCUAUGCCUGACGUCUUUGACAUUGGCUAUGGCAAGGAUGGAAUUGCUCAAGUCCGCCUUUUGGGUGUUGACUUUCUGACAGUCAUGAAUAUCGUAUUUUUCCUUUAUACCGAUAAUAUUCUCGACGUGUGGCAUCAAGCAAGAAGCUCGCCUGAAAAUGCAGCUCGCUUCCGCCAGGUACGAACUGAGGUGAUGAAGGUUGCUACCCAUCUUAGCCUCCCAACACUGGAGCGUGCUGCAAGGUUGAUGGUGGAGCCAACGAAGAGUCUGAACACCGAUAUGGCGCAUGCUCUGAAUCAUCCUUCUUUUUUCGAUGAUGCGGAUGUGAUAGUGCGACUCAAUGGUGAGAAUCUCAAAAUCCACAGCCAAGUGGCGUGUCAGCGAUGUCCAUUCUUCGAUGCUCUGUUUCAUGGUCGUUCUGGUGGUAGAUGGCUUGCCUCCCGUCGACAAGAAUCUUCAGAGAAGGUUGAGGUCAACCUUGAACAUAUUGAUAGGUCAACGUUUGACUUUGUUCUCCAAUAUAUGUACGCCGACACCGAUGAACCACUGUUCGAUCAAGUACGAACAAAGACUCUCGACGGUCUUAUCGAUUUGCUCUUGGAUGUGAUGUACGUGGCCAACGAGUUGAUGAUUGAUAGACUUUCACAGAUCUGUCAGAAGAUGCUUGGUCGUUUCGUCAACACUCGUAGCAUUUCCUACCUCCUCAACUCGGUAGCCCCGAUCUAUGUCACGGAAUUCAAAGAGGCUGCUCUGGAGUACAUCUGUCUCAACCUAGAGGAUAUGCUUGCAAACCGAUACCUAGAGGACCUCGAUGAGGAUCUUCUCGGUCUUCUUGACACUGUUUGCCACGAGAAUCAGACUACAUGCUUCCCAGUCUCGCGUGGUCGCAAUUCAGAGGAAUAUCUUCUUGAAAAAUACCCUGAGAUAAUCAGCUCAGUUGAGAUGGACAGGCGAAGACGUAUUGAUGCGAUGGCAUUACAGUCCCGCCUGAGUCAAGUGGAGUCAUACGAUGUACGACCACGUCCUCCGCAGAAUGACAUGGCUAAUGCAUCUCCACUGGCGCGUAAGGCAAAGGGCAGUAUUACAAGGGAUGAAACUAGUUCUUCAAACACCCCGAUACUCAAACCGAGACAAUCUACCGGCGAUCUCAUGUUCCAAAUGGAUGAAGAGGCCUUGCUCUCCCCUGGCGAUUCAAUUAAGGGCAAAAUGGCGAUGCGCGGGCUUGGUAUCGAGAACAGGUCAUACCCUGAUUCACCUACACUGGCAGCUAGUAUUCCAGAGGCCGGAUCACCGAAUUAUGGAAGAUCAUUGGACGAGAUAAUAUCCUCUCCUCGAGAGAGGUUGCUCGCCGAGUCCCCGACUGAGUCUCGAGCGACAGCAUUGCAUUCGAAGCGCGUCAUCGGAUCGCCGCUCGACUCUUUAUCCGCUCCUUGGGGCUCCUCGGUUAUCUCAAGCAACAAGAAAGACCUCAAGGACAUUAUGGGAGAGACCGCACAGUCCCGUGUGUCCAACCUAACCUUGGAGAUGUCAGAAGUGCGACGUGAGAACAGCAGCAGCUUUGCUCCCAAGAUGUCACAAAAGGAGCGCAAGAAGAUGCAGCAACAACAGAUGCAGGAUAAGCUUGCUGCCGAGCAGCAGGCGGCAGAUGCACGGAAAAAUCCCUGGCAGUUACCCUCGCCAGCCACGCCGACUACCACUCCAACCACACCCGGCAAGGUCCCCAUUACAGUCCCUAGUAGUGGUUCUAGUACACCGGUCUCAGAAUCUGGAAAUGUCUCCCAAAAGCCUGCUAUGACUCUCCGACAAACAGUAGCUGGCACACCUCCCCCUCGGUCGAAGCCAGUGGCCACUCCAAUCCCAUCACAAAGCCGCAGUGUGUCAUCAACACAAGUCCAGUCCCCCUCCAAAUCCAAGCCUUCACCUCCUGGUCCCCCAACCCCGUCACAGCAAAGUCUUCCGAAGUCUCCACAGCCAGCCAUCCAAUCUAUCCGUCACAUUCCUCGCCCAGAUCCAUAUACGCUUGAUUCUCGCUCCCCGUCUCACGGUUCGCUCUCUCUUGCAACGAUCCUUCUUCAACAACAAUCUGAGAAGGAUGAGAUCCGCGAAGCCGCCACUGCCAAGCACAACUUAGAAGAAAUCCAAGCUGAGCAAGAAUUCCAGCAAUGGUGGGACCAAGAGAGCAAGCGUGUGCAGGGACUUCUUGAGCCGGAACCUAACGAGCAACGGGGCAGCAGAGGCGGACGAAGCGGAAAGGCGCUUGGUGCAGGAAGCUCGCGCAAGCGCCGUGGCAACAAGAAUAUAGCCUCUGAAGGUUCUGGCUUCCAAGGCCAGAAACAGCAAACUGCCGUAUCGCACUCUCCAACAACACCCAAGAAGAACACAAAUGGCUCUAUCCCAGUUCAGAGACAAAAUCAAACUGGACCCAAUACAUCCAGCCCAGCACCUGGGAAGAAUACCCGCCGGGGAGGACAUGCCGGACCGCGUGGUAAAGGGAAAGACCGCAACUAG